AUCCCUAUUUCCUUUCCCUUACCUAGCUGGGAUUUGACAAGACCGAUUCUUUUUUUUUCUGUGUUGAUUGCAGCAAGACCAACAUAAUGAAGCUGAACGUUUCCUAUCCCGCAACGGGAUGCCAAAAGCUAUUCGAAGUCGUCGAUGAGCACAAGCUGCGCGUCUUCUACGAGAAGCGUAUGGGCCAAAUUGUGGAAGCCGACAUCCUCGGCGACGAGUGGAAGGGCUACCAGCUGCGCAUCUCUGGCGGCAAUGACAAGCAGGGCUUCCCCAUGAAACAGGGAGUCCUCUCGCACGGUCGUGUGCGUCUGUUGUUGAAGAAGGGUCACUCCUGCUAUCGUCCACGUCGUACGGGUGAGCGUAAGCGCAAAUCUGUGCGUGGCUGCAUUGUGGAUGCUAACAUGUCGGUGCUGGCUCUGGUUGUCGUCAAGAAGGGUGAACAGGAUAUUGGCGGUCUGACCGACACGACAAUUCCACGUCGUUUGGGUCCCAAGCGUGCGAGCAAAAUCCGUAAGCUUUACAAUUUGACCAAGGAGGAUGAUGUGCGUAGCUUCGUGGUGCGUCGCCCAUUGCCCGCCAAGGAUAACAAGAAAGCCACAUCGAAGGCACCCAAAAUCCAGCGUCUCAUCACACCAGUGGUGCUGCAACGCAAGCACAGACGCAUUGCCCUGAAGAAGAAGCGUCAGUUGGCCUGCAAGGAAGCGGCCGCCGACUAUGCCAAGCUCCUCGUGCAGCGCAAGAAGGAAUCCAAGGCUAAGCGCGAUGAGGCCAAGCGUCGUCGUUCUGCUUCUAUUCGCGAGUCGAAGAGCUCCGUGUCGAGUGACAAGAAGUAAAACUGCAAUGCAAAUUGUGUGCAGCCACAAGCAACACCAAUCUUGUAACAUCUACCCACAUCGUAUAAGAAACACAAUUGUAGCCGUUUGAUAAUAAAUAUGUCAAUGGUCUAAAGAUA